UAUAUUAUUAGAUUAUAAAUAUGUUGCUUUAAAAACAUGUCUAUGUGUACUCAUAUAGACCUAAAAAAAAGAUUCAAUGUGUAAAUAAUGUAAAUAUAUGCCUACAUAUAUAUCAGUACAUGUAUGAAAGGGGAUUAGUUUCCACAUUCUGCUGGACACAUGUCUGUAUUUGGGUUUUUAAAAACAUACUUUAACAUUAAACUUAAAAUAUUUAGUAAUUCAAAUAACUUACAAUUUAUAGUCUGUUUCUAGUUACAAGUAGAAAUUUUCUAACAUUUUAGCUUACAAAAAUUGUAUUUACUCUCAAAUUGUGUAAUUUAUUUCAGAUCUUUUAUCACUACUGAUUACUAUAGCAUGGAAUCUUUAAAACAAUGUUACACAAUUUGAGGAAAGUACAUAGUAUAUGGAAAUUAAAAGUCUCUUCUAGAAAUAUGCAAGUUCCUGUUUUAAGUGUUAUUCCAAAUCAAAGUAAAUACUUCCUUAUCUUUUCAGAUAUUAUUCACAUGGUACUGAUUGAUUAGUCAAAUCAAUAAGAACCCUUUAACCUAACUUGGAGACAUGGAAAUAACUUGUUGCCAUUUGGCAGUUGCAAUUUGAUGACCUUUCAUUGUUAUCUUGAUUCCCUCCUCAGAAUAGUUUUCAACCACUUUAUUUUCAACCUCUAACCUCAGAGUGUGGCAUAAAAUUUCACAGGUCCAAUGGUCAAACACUUUCACAUACACAUUUAAAAGAAUUUGCUUCCAUAACCAGAGUGGACAUAGUUAGUCAGUUCCUCUUUUCAAAGUUUCUCACAAAUUGGGAUUUUGAAAUUCAACCAAAAUGUGAUUUCCACUUUUCAUACCAAGAAAUUAUCCUGUCCAGGAUUUCCCUUGUUUAAAGUAGAAGUACUCCAAACCUACAUAAUUGGUUUUGGGCUGUGGGAAAAUUUGUAACUAACUAUAUAGAUGAAGCAACUCUAGCUAAAAAUUGAAAAAAAGGUUUGCUUCUUUGUUAGCCUCUGCUGAAGCAAACAAUUAGAUAUAUGUUUAAAUUAUGUCCCAAUAUAUUAGUGAAAUCUUGAGUGUGUAUUCCUGAGUAUCAACAAAAUAUGUGUCAAUAUAAGAUUUUCAAAUGGUACAACCAAUUAGAUAGAAUCAGCCAAAAUUAUUAGGCAUUGUGUUGCCUCAUAAUUAAAAAUAUUCAAGGGAAUAUGAAAUUUCUAUCCCAGAAUUCUAAGCCAAGUCAUCCAAAAUAUUCUGAUGAACUUAACCCUCCAAUCUAGUCCAAAUCUAUGGUCACAGUUGUGGCAAGAAAUAGGAAACGAAAUUUACCAUGGUGAAUCCUCAUGGCCCAUAAGAUCUCCCAAUUUCCUCUUUCCCUUCACCUAUCCGGGAAGCACAUGCUCGUAGUCAACAACUUUCUUUACACUUCAAGAAAUAUAAAAGAAAACACACACUAAUUCUAAACAUUUUAGCAUACAAGCAAUUCAUGAAAAUUUCUGAGGUAUUUGGUAUAUUCCUAACAAUGGCUUUCUAUAAGUGAAAUCUUAUAUCUCUAUUCAAAUCUGUAAUUCAUGCACUAGAGCUGUGAGUGGCAAACAGUUUUAGUGCUUUCUGUGUGCUCAUGACAAUUCUACAUCAUUAAUUCAUCCUCUCAACAAGGUAUGAUGUUGAUAUUUUCAAACACAUUAUACAGAUAAUAAUACUUAGAUGCACAACUAUUAAAUCUUUUGUCAAUAAUCUAAUAGCACAUGAUUAGUGGAUUUAGGGUCCUUCCUUCAAAUCUUGGGUCUAAGAACCCUACCAUUUAGAAAAUGUCACACUCACUCUCAGAAACCCCAGGAUCAAAAGACUGAAACAAGGGUCUAUAAAAGCUGGGCAUGGUGGCUCAUGCCUGCAAUCCCAUCACUCAGUAGGCUGAGGCAGAAGGAUCACUGGGAGUUUGAGGCCAGUUUUAACUGCAUGAAAAACCCUGCCUCAAAAAGACCGGAAAAAAAAAAGUCAGCUGCCUUUGUGACAAAAAUUUCUCAGUCUGUAAGGAUGCAAAAGAUAAUAAUGACUUCAGAGACAAGUCUUAAUCUCUAUUUGAUUAUAGCUAGGGACAAUAUUUCUUCAGCCUUAUUAAGUGCUAGAAAAAUUCAAAACAAUCAUUGACUAUAUACAAUGAGAAGAUACGACUGGGGAAAGUUAUUAAGAGAAAACAAAGAUCACUGCAACUAAAUUAAUUCAUUCAAACUAUAGAUUAACAGUUAAGAAGUCUGCAUGCAAGAAUUUAUUUGCAAAACCUCCAAAUCCUCUUCUGUUAGGUCACAUUACAAAAGUACAUGAGUGAAAUGAGGAAGGAAACUCAGUAUAAAAGCGCAGGGCAUUAGUUUCAGAAGCUCUUCACAGGACGAGUUAGCAACUGCAGGAAUAAGACGCAGAGCUGAGUGACUUCUUAAAUGAAGAUGACACUGGAAACAAUCAAUGCCACGGUGGUGCAGGGAUUCAACCGGUCUGAGCGGUGCCCAAGAGACACUCGGAUUACACAGCUGGUGUUCCCAGUCCUUUACACACUGGUUUUCUUGACUGGCAUCCUGCUGAACACGCUGGCCCUGUGGACAUUCAUUCACAUCCCCAGUACCUCCACCUUCAUCGUCUAUCUCAAAAACACUUUGGUGGCAGACUUGGUAAUGACACUCAUGCUUCCUUUCAAAAUCCUCUCUGACUCACACCUCGGACCCUGGCAACUCAGAGCCUUUGUGUGUCGUUUUUCUGCUGUGAUGUUUUAUGAGACCAUGUACAUAGGCAUCAUGCUGCUGGGCCUCAUAGCCUUUGACAGAUUCCUCAAGAUCAUCAGACCUUUUGGAAAAUAUUUUAUUAAAAAACCUAUGUUUGCAAAAAUAGUCUCAACCUUCAUCUGGUUCCUGAUGUUCCUCAUCUCCCUGCCAAACAUGAUCCUGAACAACAAAGCAGCAACACCAUCAUCUGUGAAAAAGUGUGCAUCGCUGAAGGGCCCUCUGGGGUUGAGGUGGCAUCAGGUGGUCAAUUAUAUAUGCCAGUUUAUUUUCUGGAUUGUUUUUGUCCUGAUGCUUCUGUUUUACAUGGUCAUUGCAGCCAAAGUAUACAGUUCUUAUAAAAAGUUCAGGAGUAAGGAUAGCAAGAACAAGAGGGUGAAGGGGAAAGUGUUUGUGGUGGUGGCAGUCUUCUUUCUGUGCUUCGCUCCAUUUCACUUCGCCAGAAUACCAUACACACACAGUCAGACCAACAACACGACCGACUGCAGGCAGGAGAAUCAACUGUUCAUUGCUAAAGAAACAACUCUCUUUUUGGCAGCAACUAACAUUUGUAUGGACCCUUUAAUAUACAUAUUCCUAUGUAAAAAAUUCACAGAAAGACUGCCAUGUAUGAAAUGGAGAAAGACCACAACGUCAAGUCAAGAACACUGUACCAGUCAGACAGAAAAUAUAACCCUGGGCUGAGGGUUGCGUAGGGCUAAUUUCUGUCUAGUAAUGAGACUUCAAAAGGUCAUGUAUUUGGAAAUCAAAAUUAAGUAGCAAAAGAAAAAAUUCUGUAAUAAAUGCGUUCUUACUUUAUCCAGUGUACAGUAAAGACUGUAUAACUUAACUCCACAUAGAUCUAUUCAUAAGCAGAAUAAACCACAUUGAGAAUUCAGCAAACAGAAAGCAUAUGGCCACUAGGGGUCACCUUUUCAAGGACAUACAAUUUAAUACUUUGGGAAAGAUUAAGAACUGUUCAUCCCUCAAAAAUCUCCUCUUUAAACAUCUCACAGUCCUUCAUAUAUAAUUUCAACACUGCUACCUCCAUUAUAGCACUAAAAUGUUAAUAUUUCUGACAUAAACAAACAAACCAACCCCAACUGCCAAAGUUCACCCAUGAAAGCUAGAGCCAGGGAUUAAAACAUGCUAGGUAUGAAGAGUCUGAGGAUUCCAACUGGCUCAAGAAAACUUCUGAAAUUCUGGGGAAGAAGUUUCUCCUUAGGGUUAUAAGGAGCCUCUUCUAUACUUCAAAAGUACGCUAAAAGAAGCACACGCAAUGUUAAAUCAUUUACUUACACUCUCAGCAUAUACAAACUGAGGAGGAGAAUGCUUUGUUUUUCAGCAAAACUUCCCUGGCUCACAGUGUCUAUACCCCAACUCCUUCAACUUGGUUGACUACUUCACUACUCUUUGGAUGCACAUUGAGUUCAUCAUCAUCAGAUUUCCAUUUAAUAAACUGCAGUUCUUGGCUGCAUCUCCUAAUGAUAGUUAACAUUUUUAAAAGACACUUUUCUCGAUAUCUUCCAAAGUAUUUCCCCCCAAAUCAAGGCUUAGAGAUGUUUUAAAUAUUAUGUGCUAUUCUUGAUACACAUAAGAAAUGCAGUUGCUGACCCCAAAGCAGUAAUAUCCAUAUUAGGAGUUUUUUUCAAAAUCUACUUAUUCUUAUUUACUUCCAUUUUUUCCUUGAAUCCCUUUGUGGGCUAUAAAGAAUGUUUUUAAUGGAAAAUGUGAUUUUCUGGAAUUAUGGGUGCUAACGUAUUAUUUAGAGAAAAUACACAAAGAACAAUUCCUUGUAAAUGUGUCUUCAGCUCCAACACAAUUUUCAUAACGUAAAUCCCAGGCCUCCCUCCACCCAUGGUCUUAAGGCCUUAAACCCUAUAGAACUUAGCCACCUUGCUGGAAGCAUCCACUAACUGCUUUUUCAUUCCUUUAACUUUAUACUCUUGUAUAAAACUGCAAUUGUUAGAAUAUACUAUGCUUUUGCCCCUGGGCCACUCCACAUGUAAACUUCUUUCUAAUCACCUAGAAAACAUAUUUCUCUGUGAAAUCCUAAGUUGCCACAACUUAGUUUGUGGGUUAGGGCCCAUCUCCCACUGCCACCUCAAAAUCAAUCAGACCAUCAUCUGCAUGUUGUCAUGCCUCGAUUAUUGUACUCAUCAUACUGCUUUGUAAUUACUUGUUGAAAUACAAAUGUAUUCUUAAACAACCCACACAUAUUUUUGAUGGCAAAGGCUGCCUCAUUGUGUAACUAAUAAAUAUUUCACAAAACAA